AUGCUCCUCGCCGAGCCGGACAGAAUCAUUGUGUGCCCAGGCGUGUACGACGGUAUCAGUGCUCGUUUGGCGUUGCGGGCGGGCUUUGACGCACUUUAUAUGACAGGUGCUGGAACGAGCAUGUCUCGUAUUGGAAUGGCGGACCUCGGCCUCGCAACAGCCACCGAGAUGAAAGAAAACGCAGAAAUGAUCUCAGGCCUUGAUCCGUCGAUUCCAGUGAUUGCAGACGCCGAUACAGGCUACGGCGCUGCAAUCAAUGUUGCAAGAACGGUGGCUGGGUACAUCCGAGCUGGAGUUGCCGGACUCCACCUCGAAGAUCAAGUGGUUACCAAAAGAUGCGGACAUCUUGCCGGCAAAGAGUUGGUUUCCAAGGAAGAAUACCUCACCAGGAUCCGAGCAGCCGUCAAGACGCGGGAACGUAUGGGCUCAGAUAUCGUGAUCAUCGCUCGGACUGAUGCGCUCGCGUCUCUGGGUCUGGAUGAAGCCAUUUCGAGGCUGACGGCCGCCGUCGAUGCGGGAGCCGAUGUUGCAUUCUUGGAAGCUAUAACAAAGCGAGAAGAGGUCAAGGCGCUGAAGGAAGCUUUCAAGGAGAGAGGUACUCCCUUAAUGUAUGGCAUGGUACAAGGGAGCAAGGCUCUCAAAAUGACCCCGGCUGAGGCAAAGGAUCUCGGGUUCAAGAUCAUCAUUUACGCAGCCCUGUGUUUGGCGCCCAUGUACAUGGCCAUCACACAAGCGUUGGAAGUAUUGAAAGCAAGCGGAGACUGUGAGAAGUACGACCCGGAGGUUAAGCCUCACGACAUGUUUGACGCUUGUGGCAUGCAAGAGCUGCUGAGCUUCGAUCUGGAAGUCUCAAGUGUGGCCCGGAAGGGUGCUCUUUGA